AUGCUAUUGAUUCUGCUAGUUGUCGGUCUGGGAUUGCUGGAUUCCGGUAAAACGAAAUCUCUGUGCCUGGCUUCGGACAGGGCUCCCGUGCUGUCCUGUAACCGGGGGGAGACAUGCGAACCGAGACACCGGAGGGAUGCUGGGGGACGCGGCGGCGUGUAUGAGCACCUCGGCGGUGCACCGCGGCGCAGAAAGCUGUACUGUGCCACCAAGUAUCACUUACAAAUACACCCCAACGGUCAAAUAGACGGCACACUGGAGGAGAAUAAUCCGUUCAGCAUUCUGGAGAUCACAGCUGUGGACGUCGGGGUGGUUGCAAUUAAAGGUUUGUUUGCAGGAAGAUACUUGGCCAUGAACAACAGGGGUCGGCUCUACGCCUCUGAGUCCUUCAACAAGGAGUGUGAGUUUGUGGAGAGGUUGCACGAGCUGGGCUACAACACCUAUGCCUCCCGCCACUGGAGUACCCUCAGCCGCGGUCGCACCAGCAGCAGCAGCGGCAGCAGCAGGGUCAGGCACAGACCCAGACCCAGCCCCGAGAGGCUUUGGUACGUCUCCAUCAACGGCAAGGGCCGGCCCCGGCGGGGCUGCAGGACCCGGCGCACCGAGCGGGCCUCCCUCUUCCUGCCCCGCGUGCUGGCCCACGCGGACCAUGACAUGGUGCACCUGUUUCACGUCAGCCGCCAGUACCGCCACAGCCUCCUCCACCACAGGGACUUGGCCGCAGAUGAGUGA